GAUAGGGCCGGAGAGUUUGGAGAACGGGAAGCAAUUGGCGAGAAGAAGCCGUCGGAAGAGUGCCAGGCAGCUAAAGCCGAGACAGGCGGCUUCUCUUGCUUCUGCGACGGGGGCUGCGCUGCCGGAAAAGUUAGCAGCCGGGCCCGCGAGCCUCUGUGGCCUCCUCGCACUCUUUCUUCCGCUGGUCCGUUUCGCCCGCCCUCCCCGUCGCCACGCUGGCGCAUCUCCUGCCCGCUCCGGCCAUGUACAGCAUGCUGGAGGGCGAGCUCAAGGGCCCCCAGCCGAACACCGGAGGAGGAGGAGGCUCGGGCGGCAACGGCAAAGGAGUCGGCGGCGGGGGCGGCGGAGGCGGAGGCGGCGGCGGGAACGGGGCCACGGACCAGGACCGCGUGAAGCGGCCCAUGAACGCCUUCAUGGUGUGGUCGCGUGGCCAGCGGCGCAAGAUGGCCCAGGAGAACCCCAAGAUGCACAACUCGGAGAUCUCCAAGCGGCUGGGCGCCGACUGGAAGCUGCUGAGUGACGGCGAGAAGCGGCCCUUCAUCGACGAGGCCAAGCGGCUGCGCGCCGUCCACAUGAAGGAGUAUCCGGAUUACAAAUACCGGCCCCGGCGCAAGACCAAGACGCUGCUCAAGAAGGACAAGUACGCGCUGCCGGGCAGCCUGCUGAGCCCCGGCGGCGCGGGCGGCCCGGGGGGCGGCGGCGGCGGCCCGGGCGGCACGGGGGGCGGCGGCGUGGGCAGCCCCGUCGGGGUGGGCCAGCGCCUGGACUCGUACGCGCACAUGAACGGCUGGCCCAACGGCGCCUACGCCUCGCUGAUGCCCGAGCAGCUCGGCUACGGGCAGCACCCGGCCAUGGGCAACGCGCAGCUGCAGCCCCUGAACCGCUACGACGUGAGCGGCCUCCAAUACAGCCCCAUCAUGACCAGCGCGCAGCCCUACAUGUCGGCCGCCGCCUCCACCUACAGCAUGGCCGCCGCCGCCGCCGCCGCCGCCUACGGCCAGCAGCCGUCGGGGGCGCACGCCAUGAGCCUGGGGACUAUGGGCUCGGUGGUCAAGUCGGAGCCCAGCUCGCCGCCGCCGGCCAUCGCCUCGCACUCGCAGCGGGCCUGCCUGGGCGACCUGCGGGAUAUGAUCAGCAUGUACCUGCCGCCCGGCGGCGACGCGGCCGACCCGGCGGGGGCGGCGGCGGCGCUCCAGGGCACCCGGCUACACGGCGUCCACCAACACUACCCGAGCGCCGGCAGCGCCGUGAACGGGACGGUCCCGCUGACGCACAUCUAG